AUGCCGACGAUUGUUGAGUACGAUGAACCGCGUUACGUCAGAGCAUUGACAGACUAUGACGGCUCAAGUGAUGCAUUACAUCCGUGCCCUGAAGCAGCGUUGUCGUUCAAACGAAACGAAAUACUCGAACUAGUUGUGGUGAAUGGUGAUGAACACUGGUGGCAAGCCAGGUCCAUUGGUUUCGCUCCUUUUGAUGAGUAUCAUUCCGUUGAUCAGUCCUCUGAUGUGAAAAGAAGACGAAUCGGAAUAAUUCCGUCUGAAUUACUCCAUCAAAAACGACGAAAACAACGCGAGUCGGAUAGUAAUAGUGUGAGGAAAGGAAUUAAAAAGAACACUGCUGCAUCAAGAACACUAAAUGAGGUAUAUGAAGGCGCAUUAUACGAGAGUGUUUCUCUGGUAUCACCAAAUAAAAAGAUGAUUCGAUCGGUAGUGCUGAUCGGUGCAUCAGGUGUUGGUCGGAAUGAAUUGAAACGUCGAUUAAUAAUGAGUAAUCCUGAACGAUUUUCAACUACAGUGCCGCACACCUCGAGGGCACCGAGAGCGCAUGAAAUGCAAGGAGUGGAUUAUUAUUUUGUGAAGAAAGAUGAAAUGGAACAUUGGAUAAGACUGGGCAGGUUCUUGGAAUUCGGUGAAUACAGAGAUAAUUUAUAUGGUACUCUUGCUGAUUCAGUUGUUAGCAUCAUUCAACAAGGACGAAUACCCGUGCUGAAUCCACACCCACUUGCGCUGAUUGACCGCAUCAAAUAA